AUGGAAAGGGCAGUGCGGUUUGAAAACAAGGAGGACUCGGAAAAUGAGGAGAACAUUGCGUCUAAAGUUCCCCGAAAAUCCCAACAUGCGUUGGAUAGUUGUAAUAGCACUAGAAAAGAAGCUAAACCAACGAUUAAAUUCAAGGAAGGAAAUUCAAAGUCCGAAAGCGUGGAAUCAUUGGGAAGGUGGAGAGCUGUGUCCAAGCAAAUUCGCAACGCUGUGACGGUGAAAAACGUCGUCAAACCGUCUCGUACUCGACGGCGCUCAACGUGGAAGUCGCCAAGCACUGUGGACCCCUUUCUUCAGAAAUUUAGCACGAGGGAUAAUAGAAAAAAAAGUACGCCGGAUCGUAAGAAAUCCAAAGCCAGUAAAAGUUCUUCUACAGAUAAUGUGCUACCAAAAACGGACGAUAACAACGAUGCUGGUUCUACGACCAUUGAAAUUGAAAAGGAACUUGAUAGCGAAUUAACAAGCGGCUCGAUUUAUGAAUAUGACCAUGCUGGGCUCUGGAAAGACAAGAGAAUUGUUUUUGAUCCCGAUGGUAUACACAUUUGUGUUUGGUUUUACGUUCUUGUUUUUGCUAUUCGUUAUAAUUUGUGGGCUUUGAUAGUGAGGAUAGCUUUCCCUGAAGCCCAGAGUGGCUGGCUCAAGAUAGCGUGGUUUCUACUGGAUUACUUCUGCGAUGCAAUUUACGCCUUAGAUAUCGCUAUUUCUGCUAGAACAGGCUAUCUGGAGGAAGGAAUUCUUGUAACAGAUCCAAAACUAGUAUGUAUGCGGUAUAUUCGCUCUGCUGAAUUUUUCGCUGAUGCCGCAUCGUUGCUUCCCACAGAUAUUUUAUAUGCGGCCUUUGGACCGCUUCCCCACCUGAGACUCAACCGAAUUAUCAAAGCAUAUAAGAGCUUUCGGAUUAAAUCCGUAAUGGAAUCACUUGCUAACUAUCCGACCUUUUUACGUGUCUUUUUUCUCAUGCAUUUAAUGUUUCUUUUGAUACACUGGAACGCUGGAUUCUACAUCAUGGUAUCACGAUUUGAGGGAUUUGGCUCCAAUGAUUGGGUCUAUAAAGGCAACGGCUCACUAUAUCAGCAAUAUCUACAAUCAUUUUACUGGUCAACACUGACCCUUACAGCUAUAGGGGACCUACCUAAGCCAGCUACAAAUCUAGAGUAAGUCUGUUUAUAUUUUGUCUUGUAAUUUAUGCAGCCUGAUGGGUUUUAUAGCCUGUUAUGAAGUAGCAGGUUUCAAUAGCGGAUUUGUUUAUUUGUUGAACUUAGUGGGUGAACAAGGUGAAAAUGAGAAUCUACAAAAGGAUAAAACUCCUUCGUUUUCUUAAAAAUAAGCGCCCAAUUGAGCAUUGGUUUGAAAACGCGCUUUGUUGGAAAAGUUAAAUAUAUUGUAUUCAAUCAGAUCAUAAUAUAUAUAUAUAUUUAUUUCUUUUCUGUCAGAAGAGCUUAAGAUUGUUAAUAGUACUUUGCAUAAUUUUAGUAUUCUCGAUUAGCACAUCAGCACGGGGAAUCUGCGAUAUAAAUAGAAAAACCGACGAGGGUUUUUUACAUUUUACAUGUACUGUGCUCUGCUAGUAACUCGAAAAACAGAAAUCAGAGUAAAUGAUAUAAAGUCGACUGCGAAAAAUAAAGAAAAUUUUGAUAUGUUUUUUUUUUAAAUUAAACUUGAAUAUUUCAAAAGCUAUUAGCUCUACCAUUGAAUAUUAUUGUAUAAAAAAAAUUAAAACUACUGAUUGUAAAGAGAAAAGAAAAAGGAAAGAAAAAAAUUCGAAUUGAGAUCUAUCCUUUUUUUAGCUUUUAAUUUUCGAUCAAGUGAGUCGGAAAUGAACUUUAUUAAGCGUAUUUUACCCGUGUCCUUAAUUUGACUUGUUUUUGCCUAAGGGACUAAAAGCGCUUCCGUAGAAUUUAAACCGAUGGAAAUGAAUUCUUGCUGCGUCAGUAUACGUUUUAUGACAAUAACAUUUAACGAGUUUUUACUUGAAAAGGCUUUCUCCGAUGAAUAGCUUUUAGCUGUCAGGACUCAUAAACGCUUAGUUUAUACAUAAAAAGCUAUCGAAAGUACGAAAUUUGCCGCGUUUAUUAUUACGAACCCCUGAAAUUCUCGAAUCAGCUGUCGAAUACAUACGGCAAGGUGAUCGAGUCUUUUCUAAAGCACGAGACUAAAAGCUUAAAAUGCUGGCGUUUGUGAAUUUGAAAAACAGUAACAGCAAAAGUACUAUGAAGGAGGCAAAAUCGAAAAUCAAAUGCAUAAUUGGUUUCCUCAGUUUAUUGUUUACGGUUAAAUUAAAUGUCAGAUAUUUUUCGAUGCAAUAAAAAUAAAAGCCGUAUUUUCAGCCUUAGUAGUGAGAAGCCAUUUUUUCAGCUUAGAGGUCUGUCCGCAUUCAAGCUAUCCUGCUUGUGUUAAAAACGUUUUCUCGUGAGUAGAAUGCUUCAAUUUGGGCGAUUUUCACUUCCCCGUACUCCAACCUCUAAGAACCUCUUUGACGUUUGCUUAAGAUUAAUUUCAUCCCUUGACAGAUUUUCGAAGAGCCACGUCAAUCAUUUUCUUUUAACUUGUAUUUUAUUCAAAUUUUGAACGGAGCAAAUUUUGAGUGAGUUGUAAAUGCCCCCAUUAGCGAAGCAGGUGUUUGUCACAGUUUGUAUGAAGCACGGACCUUAAUACUUAUUCCUUUAAGCUACACUUUACCGCUGUACUGUUUCACUCAUUAGGUUUGCGUCUUUUUCCUUUUAAUUUAGUUUUUUUACUUUACAAAUUUAGUUUUUCUUCUAUAUAUAUUAUUUUCAGCCCGCUGUGAAGGUAGAAAAUAGUUUUGAAUAGUUAAAAGAACCCGUAUUUGUAAUUUUUAUCAUUUUUUUUGUAAAUGAAGAAAUAAAUAAUUAAAAAAAAAUAAAAUAAUGCACGGACUUAAAGUCUUGUAAAUCGUUUCUGUUUGAUUUGCACAAUUGCAAGCUAAGUGUAAAAAAAAAUGUUUUACAGCAACAACUGUCUGAUCCAAAAACUGUCUCUCUUGCUGUAAGCAAAACGCAGGAAUAAAUAGCCUGCGUAGCAGGCGUUUGGAAGUAGUGGGCACAAAAAAACAACGGGCGCGCGAGAAGGAGACACGCGUCUCCCUCGCGCGCGCCCGUUCUCUCUUUCGCCCGCUACUUCCAAGCGCCUGCUACGCAGGCUAAGGAAUAAAGGGCUUUUAGUUUAUCUUUAUCGUCUAGGAUAUAUCUACUUUGAGGCCUGGUCCUACCUCUAGUGCCAGAAGCAAAUGGCAAGUUAGACGAUGCCAGAAGACAAGGCCAAAGUUAAUAUUCUCAGCAGAAAUGAAGACAAAAAUAAAGCAGGAGCUAACGUCCUCAGACACAGUUAAAAACUCCUUCAACCAGUCCGCCAUUAGUCUGCCAUUAGUCUUUGAGAGGUACCUACAAUCGGCGACAAAAUGUUUGGGACACUAUACUUAGACUCAAAGAAAAAAGCCAUCUCCAGCCGUCCUCUCUACCCUCCAUUUCAAAGUUGAGGUUUUUGUUUUUUCUUACAGGUAGCUCGAACAGUGGCAAAACAUUCCUUGUGAGGGGAUGGGGAGGGGAAAGCUUUAUUUUCCCUCCUUCGAAGUCGGAAAAAGGUCACAAAGGCCCUUUAAGGCUAAGAGUCUUAACUAAUUUUGUCGCCAAUUGUAGUUACCUGGUCUAAGCUCUAAGUUCCUGAGUACAGUUAGUUCUCGGCUCCAGUUGUUUUUAAAGGACACUCAGGUUUUCUCUAAUAAUGGUACUUAAAGGGCUAAGGGAGUCUUUAGGAUUUGGUCAUGGUGUGUAUAACUAGAUUUUUGCCACUGAAACAGGACCCUGCCGCACAUACGGUUCAGUAUAAACCUCAAAAUGCUUGUAAUUAUUAUAAUUUCCUUUCUUAUUUCCCAGAUACGUUUACACCAUUGCUUGUUAUUUGACUGGUGUGUUUAUGUUUGCUACCAUUGUUGGUAAGUAUCAUAUGGGAAUGUUUUGCCUUUUAUAAUUCAUUGUUUAAUUGACCUGAGAGUGAGGUACGAAAAUAUAGGUUUUUAAAAUAUGCAAAAUUCAAGUGAAUCAUGCAUUUCCCCCAGUCAUUGAUUGCGAUCGGCUUAUUCAUGGACCAGAAAAACAAUUAUUUGCCUCCUUAUUUUUUCCUGCCGUCUUUUAGGAAACGCAGGAAGUAUCAUUGUCAACAGAAAUGCAGUCAGGAUGGAUUUCGAAAAACAAAGGGUUUGUUUCCACUUCUCCUCUUGCUGCUAUUUGCAUUUUGUUGUCGUUGUUGUUUUUCUCAUCUUCUCAAGGCAUUUUUUAUUUUAAUUUUGGUCAGAAAUUGCGGUUUGAUGAUGAUGAUGAUGAGGUUUCAAAUCUUUAAAAGCACCGUCGUCCUUUUUCAGAAGGCCGGGGCUAACCCUUUCUUACAAACAUUGAACAAGCGCGACUCAAGCCGGUUUAGGUUCUUAUACGCAUUUUCGCUGCUUUUAUUGACCCUGCACAGUUUGUGAAAAUAUGUUGUUUAUAGGUUCAGAAGCUUUUAAGAAUUUGACAUUCUAGUGGACAAAUAAAGCCAAAUGAAUUAAUUCUAAUGAAUAUUGAUGAAUUUUGGACUUUUAAUAAAGCCUGAUAACGAUAACACAGCGCUUAAACUUGCAGGUGAUGAUUUUGUUUCUUUUUCGUCUUCGGCAGGAAAACACCAAACAGUACAUGAAAAAACAUAAUGUUCCAAAGGAUUUACAGAGGCGGGUGGUAAUGUGGUAUGACUAUUCCUGGGCAAGGUAACAACUAACACGUGACAUUUCAUUUCAUGAUCAGGCGACAACCAAGCCUAUCUAAAUCCCCUCCCCACCCCCCACCCCCCACCUCUUUUGUCCGAAAGUGUCUUGUAAAGGAUUUCGCUUUGGAGAGUUUUCAUCCUUGGCUAGUCGAUGUACAUAACCUGCAACUUGGAUCACAUCAGUUGCUCUAAAUGUAAUUAUAACUAUAAUUUCAAGAAAAAUGUCACGUGAUAAAACACUGAAGUCAAGUGACGUGUAAAAAUGUUUCGUUUCCCAUCGCCCCGUCUCUUGUGAUGGUGGGUCGGUCGGUCGGAAGAAAAAAGGAAUGAACAGUUUUACUUUUGUACAUUAAAUCUCACGUUUAAUUGGAAGAUAUAUGAUCAGGUGGUAAAAGAUGUAUAUUAACAUGAGUAUCAAAUUUCUAAACAACCUUUAAAAACGUAGUAUCGAUUUUAAUUAAAGACAAGGACAUCAGAUCAUACCAAUUGUUAUUAAAACAAGAUCGUGUGCUUGUAAAUCAAAGUACUUGCUUCUUUGACCAGUGAAUCUGGAAUUUUUUUUUUUUACUUUUCGAAAAAAAAUGGGUCGAUCAGGCGAUGGGAAACGAAACAUUUUAUUAGGAUGGCCUCAACGUUUUUCUUGGACUCUGGUCGAACGAAAAAUUUUAAUAAAAAGGCUUACUAUAAAUUUGUCUUGAAAGUACCUAGUAUUUGCAGCAAUCUAAUACCCCCAGGGUAUGAAUUGCGCAAACGUUAAACAAGAAAUACAGCAGAUAAAGUUGGAAGUGAUAAUAGUGGGCAAAUCUUGUUUUCUGAUGUGAUGCAGGUUAUUUAGCAAUUGAAUGUCGUAAUGGAUAAGUAAACCCCUUAGACUUCUACUCAUGUUUGACCACAUGAAUGAACAAUGGAAGGAAACUGCGGUUUGACGGCGAGUAAUACUCCGUGUCCGUUUUUAAUGACUUAAUAAUAAUUGUAUUAAUUCCUGCAAGCUUUGUGUUAGUUUUGGUGACCCGAGUUGUGUCCGAAGUAUUCGAUAGGAUGCGAAUAUUAAAAAAUUGCCAUGAUCCACAGGUCUAGUUUUGAUUUGACUUUCUUUUCAGAGGUCGGAUGAGUACUGGCGGAGGGGACUUGAACUCUCUUACUUUGCUUCCAAAUAAACUGAAAACUGAAAUCGCUUUACAUGUGAAUCUUGAGACACUGAGAAAGGUAAAAAGUAGGUGUAUGAUGUUCAGUUACUCAGGGUAUGAAAUUCAUCUUAUCAAGAAUGGUUUUAAAAACAGUGCAUUUUCACUUUGUUUUUCGUCGAGUCAUUAGGCAGACUUUUCUUUCCUUUGAAUAUUAGUUUUUUCACAUGCAUAACUAUACUCUGAACGAUUGAUUAAAAGGAGAAUGAUCCUUGAGUACAUAAUUUCCAUGGAAGCAGAGCACCUAACCCAACGUUCACACUAACGUCUCACUGGGAAAAAUUUUAGGUAAGAGUUUGGUAGUUGGGGAAUUUCACGUACCAACCUUAAAAAAACUUUCGCGCAUGAGUAUUCAAAAUUGUGAUCUUUUUAGAGGACAAUACUUACCUAUAAAACGAGAGCUAGAAUAACAAUUCUCAGAAAGUUAUUUUUUCUACUCUGCUUAACACUAGGGAAUAAAUCGUUAAUUCAGUGUGGGUUUGAGUCCUUGUGCAAUUUGAUUUCUGCCUUUUGUGUUUUUCUCACUAGGUGACCUUCCUGCAGAAAUGCCAACCUGAAUUUUUACACGAUCUCGUUCUGAAAAUGAAACUACGAAUUUUCACUCCAGGUGACCUCGUUUGCAGAAAGGGCGAGGUUGCACGAGAGAUGUAUGUCAUAAUAGAUGGAAAGAUCGAGGUUAUAGGGUAGGACGACUUCAUUCGAUUAUUUUUAGCUUCAUUGAAAAUAGAUAAGGGAUCGAAGGUGAUUCCUUUUCUUUUAAAUUUAUAGAUUAUUCCUGAUUUCAAUUGUUUAUGACCAUGCAUUUCAUUACAGGGAUCAAGGUCAGGUACUUAAAGUGUUAUCUGGCGGAGAUUUCUUUGGGGAGAUUGGAAUACUCAGUUUGAGUGAAGGUCAAAACAGGUGAGAUUAAGCCCCGAUAUCCACUUACAAAUUCUCGAAACUGAUCUCCAUACAUUUCCUUAAAGAAUUAGUUGAGAGAAUUUGAUAACAGAUCAAAGCAUUUUUUCUUUAGUGAUCAUUUUAUUAAUUCUCAUAACCAUUUCUCUUGGCAACAUAUGGAUAUUGUUAGGAGAAAACUGAUGUUGAUAAAUAUUGGGACUUAAAGGGUGAUAAAUAAAGGAAAGAACUCUUAACCUAGCUUACAACAGAAACUGAUUUCCCAGUGAGGAAACAUAGAUUUUCACUUAUUAAAGUGAGACGGUGUAAGACUCUCUUUCUAUCGUUCAAGGUAUUCCUGAAAAAGGAUGCUUAUGUCCAUAUUACCGCCCAAUACAAUUUCUUUAGUGAUGUCAAAACCAUUAGGAUACCACGGACUAGUCGACAAAAAAAAUUAACAAACCUGAAAUUGUAUUUCUGGUGUUUCUGAUAGCUUGCGAGCAUGGAAAAUAAGUUUUGUUCUCUUAUGCGGAUGCGUAAACAUGCCAGGGGGAAGUCUGUUUCCGCUGGAAAAGCUAAUGUUGUUCUUGAAAACACAUUCGGCUUUUGGAAACAACGUGACACAGGCACAUCUGCAGACACCUAGUAGAUCCUAGUAGGAAAAGCGUGUCUCGCCAGCUACCAAGGAACCGAAUGGGAAACCUAUUUUGACUCCAGUCUUCGUUUAAAUUUAAUUUGUGGGUUUAAGAACAUUCUGCGUUAUUUUUAGACGAACAGCUGAUGUGAGGACAAUAGGAUACGUGGAGUGCUUUGUUCUUUCAAAAGAGGAUGUCUUGUCUGCUAUCAGAGACUACCCUGAGGCUCAGGUAACAAGAGAUUGAAAUAUAAAGGGUUUCGUUAAUCAUUUGUGUCACGAUUGUCACAUAGAUAUUGAUCGCGACGUUUCGACCGCGUACUGUAGGUUUCAUCCGGCGAUAGUGUCGAUUUACUGAAAGGAACUAUUUAUACCACCAUGUUGUUAGUGAUUGGUGUAUCACGAACCUCGCCCUUAGAAAUAUCGACAGACGUCUGAGUUCCAGUGUUGUUUUAGUUUAUCCGACCAGUAUCAUGGAGAUUAUGCCGAAUUAGAACCAAAAAAACUAAAAUUAGUUUCUUCUACCACUUUUACAUAUGAAUUGCUUCCAGGCAGAGUUACUUGAUAUCAACCAAAUUUGUUUGAAGGUAACAUAGAAGUAUAGGGCACUUCGAAUUAACCUUUUUGGGCAGGAGUCUCAUUAACUUGCGGGAAAGUGCGGGGGAAUCUCAAUAAGAUAACGCAAUGUUCUAAUUUAGGAGGUUUAACGGGUUUGGCUGGUUUUCAAGUUAUUUCUAGGUCGAUGAAUGUCUCAAUUAGUUUUCGAUUGGUUGAUUGAAAAAAAACAAGAGAAGCAUAUGUUCAUCUCUUGAAGCUUGUUGUCGAGGGAAAAUUCGGUGUCCUCUAUACUACUUGCUAUCGGUCGGCUUGCGUAUAAGCAUAACCCACCCCCUCCAAAAACGCUUAUUGAUUGUGCGCGGAUCACGUCAGUGAUGGGCUUAUGUACUCUUCAAUAGCUGAUAAUGUUAUACUCGCUAAAGAAAUAUCAAAAAGUUUCAAACGUUUUCAAAAAACGCAAACGUUUCGGGUUUAUGGCCCUUUUUCAGUUCUUCUAUUCUUCCCUGCUUUCGAAUUUAAAUAUAGCGAUUUCAGACAAAAAAACAGAAAGAACACAUAUUCAAGCCGCGUGCGCGGAGGAACUUAAGAAGGGUGCUACGCUCUAAAAGUUUAAUGCCGUAAGUAUUUCUAGUAGCUCUAAGAGCCCCUGGACCGUGAUUGCAUGCAGUUUACCCUAACCUCAUCUGGGCUGGGAUAUGUUUCUACCCAAUAUCGAGAACUCUUUUAUAAGUAAAAAAUUAUCACUAUUAAAUCAUGUCUCAUUCUAGGCAGUCCUUGCCGAGUAUGGUAAAAAGCGCCUCGAACGACAAAAUAGUUCACAAGAUCCUCGUCUCGUGGACAUGGAAGACAAUGAUAAAGAGAGAGAAAACUACUGUAACAGCCCAGAUUUCAUUGAUGCUGCGAGCAGUCCUCGCAUCCUGAAAAGAGAUUCAUUACAAAGUUUGACCCACAACAGGAAACGUAACUCAGAUUCAAUGAUCAACUUUCUUCCAAAUGGACAUUGUAAACGAAAAUCGCUGACACUAGAGCCAAUUUCCCCGCGGUCAGGACGUUCGGUGUUCCUGGAGCCUAUACCCCAAACGUUACGUAGAGGAAGACGGGUGUCUAGCGACACAGUAAUACAGUCAGCGCAAACUGCUUGCAAAAGCGAUUCUGAGGUUAGCAGCAACAGCGACGAGCUUAUAGCGAAGAUGUUUAGAAAUACAUGUACAGAGGCCCUAACCUUUCUUAAGAAAGUUUUUGACGAGAAAUUAGUAAGUAUCUAGCUCGGUAUGACAGUUUUAAAUGCUUAAAGUGCCCGUCACCCUUCAAUUUGUUUUCUUUUGGUAGACUUCCAUACCUUUCGAGAACUCAUUUUCGAAAAAAAUUUCCAGAAAUAUUGAAUCCUUUUGUUUUUACGAGCGCUAACAGUUACUGAAAUUUUUAAAUGUUUGCGCGCUAUAAGCCCCGCUGGACAAAUUUUUGUCUCGUGGGCUCAUUAGGAACGAGCCAUGGAGAAGCGUCUGAUAUUUGACACUUUUUUAGCUGUGACGUAAGAAAUGGACACCAUUCCAAAGCACGAAGCAUUGAAAGAAGGAAUCUUAUGCACGCUGAUUCCUUUCUCUUUAUUUCGAGAGUUGCUGCAUCCAGAAACCACACAUUUUUCAACCAUUUUCUCUGUUUAACAAUAACGCAUUACCGCGAAUCUUCGCAUAUUUUUGCACAAUGUCCUUUUCUUACGUCACGCUCGAUAUUUGGACACAUUUGGCCGUGUGGGGGACUAAUGCGAACGACAGGUAAAAAUAUCGACAAGACUGCCUUCACUUUUAGCGCUCGUAAAAAAAAGGAUUCAAUAUUUCUGAACAUUUUUUUCGAAAAUGAGUUCUUGAAAGAUAUGGAAAUCUACCAAAAGAAAACAAAUUGAAGGGUUACGGGGCACUUUAAAAGUGCUUUCUUAGUGUUGAAUAGGGGGCCUUUAUUAGCUUCAAAUUAGGUCCCUCUUGAUCCUUCUUUACAGUGCAACUGGAGGGGUCAAAAGUAACGAUUCAGAACAAGCCGAGUCACUCUGUCACAGACGGGUCACAGGGCGAAGUAUAAAAAGCCCCCUGUAUCCAUUGCUUUCAGUAAUUGACCGUAAAAUUAAAUUAUAUGACUGACUCCACAACUGGAUAAGAUGGUGCUAUUCUGACCGCCCGAUUUUGUCCCGCAAGAAAAAAUUCUCUUGGCCAUAUCCUUUAUUGUCCAAGCUUGCCAGUCAAGAUAACUAGAUAUUUGCCUUGCUCGGUUUUUAAAGCUUUUAAUGACCUCGACUUCGUCUCGGUCCAAAAAAAGCAAAAACAUAAAAAAGAGCCAUGCCAGAUACAACCAUCUUGGUCUCAAGCUUUCAAAAUAACGCAUGUUAAAGUCAGUCCUUUUAAGUUAUUUCCGCUGCUUUGCCUCACAAUAACGAAAUAGUCGUUGGUCACCUUUUGAAAUGAAAAGCGUAAAUUCCUUUGUAUGUUUACUAUCUCAUUUUAGGCAAAAGAAGUAAAAAACAACAACACAAUGCUCAAAAAUAUGGAAGAAGAAUCGAAACAAAAAGACGAGAGAAUCUCUCAUCUCAGAGAUUGUUUAACAAUAGCGGUAAGUGAAAACAAUACUUGUAAUGCCCGCAGCAAUAUUUCAAUUGAAAUAUAAAAAAUUGCAAUAUUUUAUGUCCUGUUAUAUGGUUUAUUUUUUAAUGCACAUUGGUUAAAUUAACUGGCUAUAAACAGGAAGUUAGAGCAGGCGAAUGGUUUGUCGACUCAUUUUUCAGGCGGAGAGAGGCGAAAACUGGACCUGCACGUCUGCGUUCGCAGGCUUGGCGCGUCAAACAAUUUUGGUAAUGAAACCACGGGCGGGUCUUUCUUUCUUAUUUAGUCUUUGACUUUCAAAGGGCAUGGUAUGAGUGGAAAGAGGCCCUGCCUGCCAGGGAGGGUCCCAUGUCGCCCGUCUGAAUUUUAUAACGACUCCUGUCGGUGUUUAUAAAUGCUUGUCGCUUAUUUUCGGCUUUGCCGUCACUGUCGCAAUUUGGCCGAGGGAGGUUGUCUCUUGUCGCGAUUUCAUUUUACGCGCUGUCGCUACUUUUUGGGCCAUGUCACUUGUCGGAAUUUACCCUGGCAAGGCCUCUGGAAACGCAUCAGGAGUUAACUGAGGCGGGAGAUCGGGGGAAUAUCAAUUUUUGUCAUGAAUGUGUAUAAAGGGUUUUGUUUGUUGUUUGUCGCACGAUCAUCACUUAGAUCGUUUCGACCGCGUUCUGCAGGUCAGUUCAUAAGGCGAUAUUGUCGAUUUACUGACUAGGACUAUUUUUACCACCACCAUUGUUGUUAGUGAUUAGUGUAUCACGAACCUCGCUCAUGGUUGGUGGGUUUCGAUUGAAAAACAUUGUUGGCAUUAUUAGAAGAGGAAACUGUUCCCUCAGCGGCCCGUUGUGGUAGCGAUCCACUGUUCCAAUUUUUGUUUGACACCUGUAUGAUAUCGCUGCGGUUUUUAAUACUAAAUAGUGAGGUUAAAGAAAUGGCAGCCUCAUCAUCUUGCAAUGUUGAUAAUGCCGCGUCCAUUCUGUUGCAGGAAAAAGAACUGGAUGAAUGUAGAAGACGAGUGAAAGAGCUGGAGGCAGAAAAUUAUAUUAAUGAACAGACGAUACGGAAACUACAGGACCAAUCAGAGGUGAUUAGACAGAUUGUUAUUCUGACCACAGCAUAUCACGUCAUAGCCGUAACCACAGGGAAACCUCUAACCUUUGCCCCAGGGUAUCUUCCAGUCCCUUUGGUACCCUGGGAACGAGACUGGGAACCCUCUCCAAUUCAUAAAGACUCCCCCUUGAGGAUUUGAGACAUGAACACUGACCCAACUUAGAGAGGUUUCCGCCCAUUUUGUGUCCCAAUGAGAGCUAAAGUGUGGAAAAACAAGUAUAUGGCCUUGAUUAUUCGCGUCUGAGAGCUGUUUAUCUCUUGAUUUCGACUCUUCAUUUUUCAGUUCCCAGGAUGUCCAAAAAACGGGUAGAGAAGCGAUGAAACCGUACUUAAACACUGUAAGUUUGCAGAGCAACGAGUCUCGGUGACAAUAAGCACUUGCACUUGCACUCCGUUGCUAUGGUAUAGCAUGCCUCAAUCACGUGCACAAUGCUUAGUAUAGACUUAAUGCCAGCCCUUCUCUCUAAAAAUGAAAAUCAAAGAAUUCAGCUAAUUAUAUGUUCUCGCUAUGUUCGGAUGUGAAACUGGGCACUAUACCUUGGGCUUCUUGAGGUUGACAGUUAUUUGCCGAACUGAAGUAAAUACGGCUUUUUUAUGAUUGGUGUCUGAAAGCAACUAUUUUCUUGCUGCUUCUCAAAGCUAGCCUGUCGUCCUUUUGUAGUAUAGUUCAACGGUCUUUGACUUGCCAUCGGAAUGCUUUUAAAUUCAUGUUGACUUCGAAACACUCAACCGCAAUACUUUACCGCAAGAUUCUGUGAAAAAACUGAAUAGCUCAUAGGCUGUCCUGACUCCCUCCGGCUGACCGAAAAUGCCACUGGUGUCUCGGCUCACCCCGAGAAAGAAAUACAGCGGAACUUCUCCUUUGGGACAACUCUAUUCAGGGGGCACAAAAUUUAGGUGGGGGACCGCAGGUAGGUGAGGUAACCCACGGCGGGUCACCCCGCCUAUCAUGUAAACGUGAUCAAAUUAAAACGAGAGAUUAUAUGUACGGGUGGGUUUCCCCACCUAAUCGGGUUACGUCACCUACCUGGGGUCCCCCACCUCCAUGUAAACAGGCCCUUACUCCCGGAAAAAUGUUCACAUAAUUCUUGCAUCUGUUACCUCCAACCUUGAUGGGACACCUCUGUUCAGGAAAGUGACACUUUUUGGGGGGUACCCAAACAGGGACUGACCACAAAUAGGGUUGAUUUAAUCGACUUACUGGACUUCUGGGAAUUCAAAACACAGUAUCGCAAAGAUGAGUUAACUAUGAUUCAUUGCACAUUUUCUAGCUACUUGAAAUAAUGACUGCGGCGGAUUUUGAGGUAGAAUAAAACAUAUACAUUUUCUUUGUUGAUUACUUAUUAACAAACCGUGGCCCAAUAUCCAUUCAUGGGACUCUUGCCUUGGUCCCUAGGCUGUCCCCUGAAUAAAAGUUCCACUGUAAAUCGUGCAUCUGUUAAAAACACCUUUCAUAGUGAGGCAUCUUACACGCAGGUAUUCAAGUACCAAAUAUUAGAAGCUUCUUUUAAGAGGCGUUGUGCCGUUUCUUUACUUUACUGUUAAGGUAUGUCUAUAUCACUUUUUAGGAUGGAAGUCACAACUCAUCGAGAUCAAGAACCAUUAGUAGUACAGUGAGUUCAUCUUCGUUGAUUUAUGAGAGAGACACGUACUGCUGACUCAAGUAAUGGAAACACUGGUGCUUAUCUUCUGAACAUUCAUUGCACGUCCCAGUUUCCUGGGACUUUUCGCCACUUGCAGAAGAUUAUAGAGUAUCACGAUCAAAAGCCGGAUCAUGUGUCUUAUAGAGGGUGUCGACCGAUUUAUAGACCCACACACGACCGAUAUAGCGACCGAAAUGUUGACCGACAGUCGACCGGGAUAUCAGCCAAUACAUUGGUGGACACUCCCUGUAAGACUCAUGAUCGCAGAAGCCUUCGAUAUUAACAAGAUUCUUUACAUUUAGUAAAUUAGAAUUAGCUCGCUACUCUGAUCCACUCUCUAAAUCUUUGAUCUUUUAUUUAUUGCUUAAUCAGUAUCUUAAUAAUCAAUGAAUUAUUUAUUUCAUAAAUUGACGCAUUCACACAUGAGAAGGGUUUCUUGGCAUUUUCUCUCUUCAUACAAAAAUUCCGGCAGCUCCAAAAAGCUGUGGGGCGGGCAUGUACAGAGUUAAACAUCGUUAGUUCCUUUUUAAAAAAUAGUGAGUCGUAAUUUUAUCUUAAAGGUUUCGCUUGAGUUGCUAAACGUUUGAUGUUGAGUCAUUAUAUAGUGUAAAAAAUUAUUACUACACGGCAGAAGUCCUGAAUUUUUUUCAGGCUUCUUUUCAGGAAUUUUUUUCAGGCUUCUUUACGCAAUUGCAUAAAUUGCGUUCACUGCGACGAUCAUUUCUUCAUUUUCAAAACUCCAUGACUUGGGGUGGAUUCAUUUGCAACAUACGCGUAUAGCUGUCGUAUUUGCCUGUUAGAAUUUUUUAUUGUUUUUCCAGCGGGCAAAUGCGACACCCUUGAUACGCGUAUGUUUACAAAUGAAUCCCCCUUUGGUUUUAAACCUCACGCUGCCGUCG